CGACCCUGCGACCCUAUUCAGGCGCCGACGUCUAGAAUUUGGCCUUUCCCGCCGUGCUGAAGGCGCCUUCCCUGCGGCGGCCAUUCAGCGAGGGGGCCGGAGCCCCGCGGGCGGAGAGCUGGCGGUGCGUGGUGGGGCGGCCGGGCCGCCCGCCUCCCUGUCCUGCUCAGCUCGGGCGCGCGAGGUGACUGUACCUGAAUUUUCCAGCUGCAGAAUGUGUAGUACCUUUAAAGGUUGGCAAUGAUGAGUAAACUGGAAUUAAAGGAAGACAGGAUGCUGGAGGUUCAGUUUGUGGGAGAUGAUGAUGUUCUUAAUCACAUUCUUGAUAGAGAAGGAGGAGCUAAAUUGAAAAAGGAGCGAGCUCAGCUUUUGGUCAACACAAAGAAAAUAAUAAAGAAGCCGGAAUAUGACUUGGAGGAAGAUGACCAGGAAGUAUUAAAAGAUCAGAACUAUGUGGAAGUUUUAGGACGAGAUGUUCAAGAAUCCUUGAAAAAUGGCUCUGCUACAGAUGGUGGGAAUAAAGUUUAUUCUUUUCAGAAUAGAAAACACUCUGAAAAGAUGACUAAAUUAGCUUCAGAACUAGCAAAAACACCAAGAAAAAGUGCUGCAUUCAAUUUGAAGAAUGAUCCUGAAAUUAUGAUAAACAUUCCUCAAUGUAGCAAGGGGCCUUCUGCUUCAGACAAAGUUCAGUUGAAGACCAAUGAUAAAAGUGAGUUUCUGUCAACACCUCGUGCUCUAAGGAAAAGAUUAAUGGUUCCAAGGUCUCAUUCUGACAGUGAAAGUGAAUAUUCUGCUUCCAACUCAGAGGAGGAUGAAGGAGUUGCACAAGAAUACGAAGAGGACACUAAUGAAGUCAUACUGAGCCAAAAGAGUCAAGCUCAGAGUAGAGUAGUUUCCGCUCCUGUUUGCAAAGAAACACCUCCUAAGAAAAUGAAAAGAGAUAAAACAAGUGACUUAGUAGAAGAAUAUUUUGAAGCUCAUAGCAGUUCAAAAGUUUUAACCUCUGAUAGAACACUGCAGAAACUAAAGAGACCUAAGUUGGAUCAGCAAACUUUGCGUAACUUAUUGAGCAAGGUUGCUCCUUCCUUUUCUGCUGAACUUAAACAACUAAAUCAACAGUAUGAACAAUUAUUUCAUAAAUGGAUGUUGCAGUUACACCUGGGGUUCAACAUUGUGCUUUAUGGCUUGGGUUCUAAGAGAGAUUUACUAGAAAGGUUUCGAACCUCCAUGCUACAAGAUUCCAUUCAUGUUGUCAUCAAUGGCUUCUUUCCUGGAAUCAGUGUGAAAUCAAUCCUGAAUUCUAUAACACAAGAAGUCCUCGAUCACAUGGGCACUUUCCGCAGUGUGCUGGAUCAGCUAGACUGGAUAAUAAACACAUUUAAAGAAGAUUCUUCUUUAGAACUCUUCCUUCUUAUCCACAAUUUGGAUAGCCAGAUGUUGAGAGGAGACAAAAGCCAGCAAGUUAUUGGACAGUUGUCAUCUUUACGUAACAUAUACCUUAUAGCAUCUAUUGAUCACCUCAAUGCUCCUCUCAUGUGGGAUCAUGCAAAGCAGAGUCUUUAUAACUGGCUCUGGUAUGAAACUACCACAUAUAGUCCUUAUACUGAAGAAACCUCCUAUGAGAAUUCUCUUCUGGUUAAACAGUCUGGAUCACUGCCACUUAGUUCCCUAACUCAUGUCUUACGAAGCCUUACCCCUAAUGCAAGGGGGAUUUUCAGGCUCCUAAUCAAGUAUCAGCUGGACAACCAGGAGAACCCUUCUUACACUGGACUUUCUUUUCAAGAUUUUUACCAGCAGUGUCGGGAGGCAUUCCUUGUCAAUAGCGAUCUGACACUUCGGGCCCAGUUAACUGAAUUUAGGGACCACAAGCUUAUAAGAACAAAGAAGGGAACUGAUGGAGUGGAAUAUUUAUUAAUUCCUGUUGACAGUGGAACAUUGACUGAUUUCCUGGAGAAGGAAGAAGAGGAGUCUUGAAGCCGUCCUUCCUCUUGAGUCUUCUGUGAGGGGUUGACGUACUCCAGCUGCCACUCCUCUAGUCUGAAGUGUUGUGUUUACAUACGGCGUUACUCUUUUUCCAGUGUACAUGAUUUAAAAUUGGGAGGGGGAGUGUCACCAGUUAGAACCUUGGUUAGCCUGGCUGGUGUAUUAUCGCUAGUACUAUGCAUGGUCCUCAAGUUGGAGAAAUUGUGCCUUUCAUUCGUUAUCUCUCUGGAGACGUCUUGCUGGAAUGAACAGUGUGCUCAGGGACUAUUUGGAACUGGAUGUUUUUGAAUUCUUUUAUACUAGAGAUGAUAUUAUUCCUAAUUUUUUGAGGGCCUUUUAACACUCCUGGAGCUGAUUGUUUGCAAAUGUGCUUGUUCCAGAGUGUGGAAGUACAAAGACAUGGGCAUCACGUAAACCUGCUUUAUUUGCUGUUGUGGGUGUCAGGACUGAUGAGUGUAAUGGAGAAGGCAGACCAUCUCUUGCCGUUUCUGAAAUGUUUUAACAAAAGGUAGAAGUCUGGGAAGAAGUAGGUAACCCAGCUUUCUCCUUUUGGAUUUAGGCUACAUACUGGGGCCGGGAGAGGGGGCCUGACACUAUUCAGUUGGGAUGGUGGGAAAAGCAUAAUGAGUGUACAGGGUGUGUACCCACCCUAGAAAGCAUACAAACAAUCACAGACCAUGGUAUUCGGAACAGUUCCUGACUGUGCCAUUACCUUCAGAUACAAGUGAGAAGCCAAGCUAGAGAAAUACAAUCCUGAAUUACAUUUUAGUCACUGUUUUUAAGACAAGAGAAAAUAAAAAUCUAAUUUUUCUUGUAUAUCAACAUUUUUCUUUUCUUGAAUAACAUGCAGGUGAGUAGCAUAUUAAUGACUGGCUUUAAAUUAAUCUUGAUUUCUCUAUCAAGUAGACCUAAAACUCACUGUAAGACAUUUCAAUUUUUUUCUUAAAGUGACAGUUUCAAGCCUCCUAAAUAUUUACAGGAGCUUUUGUCUUAGGGAAAAAAGGCUAGCCUUGGCCACUGUAGUCAGGUUAUAGUCUUCACAUACUCCCUGAAUUAUUUCAUACUUGGAAGUGAAAUUCUUUGUUUAAACAUCACUGUAAUAAAGUAUGUAUUGCAUCAGCA